CCAACCAUCCUCUGAGCCGCUUAUCCUCAUUAUAUAACAAGACACGGUACCUAACCUAAAUGCCUACCAAUUGUUCCCCCACAGCGAUAUUAACGUGUUCAAUGAGUCAAAGGUGACGAACGUCGAAGGUGCUUCCAUCCCUUGGGCUGUUCUGUCGGCGGCCCUUGGACGAAAAGGUUCGGACACAUCGAAGAGCCCCAACGCGUUCAAGUCCAUCUCCCAGAAGGCCACGCUCCAACGCGUUCAACUCCAUCUCCCAGAAGGCCACGCUCGACGCGCCCGCUCCUCUAUGACGCGACCUCGCCACGACUCGUCCAAUGGCCGCGUCGAGCGUCGAGAUUGACGCGCACGUCGCGUCCUCCCAUUGGUUUCCAUGCGGUUUCCAGGAAGUGAACGCCGCCGCUCGGAACCGCCCCCUACAUGUGAGCCCAGGCGGCGGCACCACGCGCGGCGUGCGGAGCAGAGAAACCGGCAGGAAAGGCGGCGUCAUCCCUCGGACCACCGACUCGACGUAGAGGAGAAAACAGCGAGCGGAGCGGCGUUGUCCGAGGUGCUGAACAACCCCGGCAGGAAGAUGGCGGACGACCCCAGCGCGGCUGACAGGAACGUGGAGAUCUGGAAAAUCAAGAAGCUGAUCAAAAGUUUGGAAGCUGCCCGCGGUAAUGGCACCAGUAUGAUCUCCCUGAUCAUCCCACCUAAGGACCAGAUUUCCAGAGUGGCCAAAAUGUUGGCUGAUGAGUUUGGCACUGCUUCCAACAUAAAGAGCAGAGUCAACAGACUUUCCGUUCUCGGGGCCAUCACCUCUGUGCAGCAGAGACUAAAGCUCUAUAACAAGGUGCCACCCAAUGGCUUAGUUGUGUACUGCGGCACCAUUGUGACAGACGAAGGGAAGGAGAAAAAAGUUAAUAUCGACUUUGAGCCUUUUAAACCAAUCAAUACUUCGCUGUACCUCUGCGACAACAAGUUCCAUACUGAGGCAUUGACGGCCCUGCUCUCGGAUGACAGCAAGUUCGGCUUUAUCGUGAUCGACGGCAGCGGGGCGCUCUUUGGCACGCUGCAGGGCAACACCAGGGAGGUGUUGCACAAGUUCACCGUGGACCUACCGAAGAAGCACGGCAGAGGAGGACAGUCAGCUUUGCGUUUUGCUCGUCUAAGAAUGGAGAAGCGGCACAACUACGUGAGGAAAGUGGCUGAAACGGCUGUCCAGCUCUUUGUGUCCAACGACAAAGUCAACGUGGCGGGGAUGGUUUUAGCUGGUUCUGCCGACUUCAAGACUGAGCUCAGCCAGUCUGACAUGUUUGACCCAAGGUUACAGGCCAAAGUUCUGAAGUUAGUGGACAUCUCCUAUGGCGGAGAAAAUGGUUUCAACCAGGCCAUUGAGCUGUCAGCAGAGGUUCUCUCCAAUGUCAAGUUCAUCCAAGAAAAGAAACUAAUAGGACGAUACUUUGAUGAGAUCAGUCAGGACACUGGCAAGUACUGCUUUGGCGUAGAGGACACACUAAAGGCCUUGGAGAUGGGAGCAGUGGAGAUCCUGAUAGUCUACGAGAACUUAGACACCAUGCGUUACAUUUUACGUGUGCACGGGGCCGAGAGCAACGGAGCCGAGAACGAUGAGAAGACUUUGUACUUAACGCCAGAGCAGGAGAAAGACAAGUCUCAUUUUACAGACAAGGAGACGGGGCAAGAACACGAACUGAUCGAGAGCAUGCCGCUGUUAGAGUGGUUUGCCAACAAUUACAAGAAAUUUGGAGCCACGCUGGAAAUAGUCACGGACAAAAGCCAAGAAGGAUCUCAGUUUGUCAAGGGCUUUGGUGGCAUCGGGGGUAUCUUGCGGUACAGGGUGGACUUCCAGGGUAUGGAGUACCAAGGAGAGGACGACGAGUUCUUUGAUUUGGAUGACUACUAGGUAGUCGGGGACUGAUAUAUUGGGAGAGAGGAGAAGGGGAAAAAAGGAAAGAAAAAAAAAAAAAAAAGAAGCAAAGGAAUGAAUGAAGAAAGCAAAACGCCGCCUCUCUUGCAGCAAGUUAGCGGCUCAACAAUGUUGACCACGUAAAUGACAGCCAAUUUACUUGUCGAAUACACAACCUUGCACAUACAUUUCAUCUGUACACACAUUGAAGUACAUGGCACAGGCUGAAGAGGAGUGCAAAUUCAUUUCUUCCGGAGAUGGAGAAAGCCUUUCCUGAAUAAAUCCCUGCCUUAGAGUGCUGGUUCCUUCCCCUAGUUGGAUUGGACUCAACUCCUUUUUGUCCCUUGUCGCGCCCCCUUUUCCCCUCCCAUUUUAAACGAACGCAACAGCAGGUUCCCAGAUUUUCUGCCCUCAACAACACAGUUGGAAGAUGAACAUUUGACUGUACAAGUAUACAAAAAAAAAAAAAAUGUUCCUUUUCUCCCAUCCCGAUGGUUUCCCCUCCAUGCUUGUUUUUUUUCCUUUUCAUUUUUUUUUUUUUUUUUUUUUUUACUGGCAACUGCUGCUGUUGUAUUUUAUGAGCGUGGGGGAUUUUUUUUUUUUUUUUUAAAACCUGGGUUUCUGUAGAGAAAGGGGGACAACGUAUUAAAAUUUGAACUGCUGAGAAAACCAUUGCUACCUCCUCAUCUCCUGUGCUCUCAAACUUCUCCCGUCAGCCUGGCCGUCUUCUCCAAGAAACCUGAAGAUUUUUAUUUCCGUGUCGUCAGAUGUGAUGUAUGCAUGACUCCACAGCAAUUCCAGUUGUUUCAAUCAUCAUUAUGCAACUUUUUUUUGUUGAAAAUGAAUGUCUUUCCAAAAUUCCAGCAGCAGAAAUCCAAGUUUUGGAAGUAUUCCUGGUUUGAUUUGCUUUCCUACCAACAUUAAAUCGCUCCUGUUUUUGACUUA